CUCUAGACUACUAGAGCUGCUGUUGCCCUAGGAGCUCCACAUCACAUUUCUUCCCACUUGAGUCAACAUGAAGCCCCUACUUUGGCUCUACCAUGUUUUGUGUUUGGUUCCUUACUGCUAUGCGAUGCCCCAAAUUGAGAGAAAGGGGUUAAUCUCAAAUUCAUUGAUCACAAGAAUACCACCAUUGGCUAUCUCCCCUGAUAUACCAUGGCUGGUGCCUUUGUCUGGAAGUUGCCAGGGCAUUAUCCUAAGUCCAUGGUGGAUCCUCUCUACAGCUAACUGCCUGCAUAAAACGAAACUCUCAAGCCUGAACAUCUUAGAAGAAGAUGACCAGAAGAGCCCCCUACAUGGCCAAAGAAUUUGCAUCCAUCCCAGGUUUGAUCCCCAAGAUGAAGAAGACGCAAUGAAAGCAGAUAUUGGCAUGGUCCUUCUUUCAAAGCCAGUCUAUGGGGAUGAUGUGCCACUAUCUCAUGUGCCCAAUGUAUCCUUGAAGAGCUGUUCUAAAUGCCAUUAUAGAAGCUGCCAAGUGUACCAACAUCAUAGUGACCCAGAGUUUGGAGUCACAGGAGUGAAGAAGAUAUUAGUGCAGCUGCUGGAGCUCUCAGUAUGCCACCCUCAAUAUUCCCAUCAUGAGAAGUCGGAUUUCUUGUGUAUUCUGAGCCAGCCAGAUCAAGACUGCUGGGUACAGCAAGCCAGUCCUGUCCUAUGUCUCCUAAAUAACAACUGGGAACUGGUGGGCCUGGUACGUAAAACCUCAAGAAUAUGUCGACAUCCUACAGUCAUCAUUAGGACAGCUCCUUACCUUUCCUGGAUCAAGCAGUUAAUUAAGGCAUCCAAGAAGUUCUUGAGUCCUACAUCCUUCUUACAUUGCAAAACAUUUGAGAAUGUGCAGAUUUCCCAAAUAAGGCAGGGCUAUAACUAUGCCCCAACCCUUACCUCAUAUCAGCCCUCUGCACAGUCUUUGGAGGAAAAUGUAGGCAUUUCUCCAGAAACUAAACAUCUAAAAAUUUCUCCAGCAAUCUAUAAUUUUAAUGGAGCGGAGUCCUUCACUACUAGUCAUAAGUUUCCCCCUGAAAAAAGCCAGAUCCCCCAAGAUGACAAUUUUCUAGUAGAGCAAUUGGGCACUUCCUCUGAUGGCAGACUACCAGAAAAUUCUAGAAAUAACUCAGCUCAGAAUCACCAGGAUACCCCUAUACUUGAUACAGGUGAUUCAUGGGAUUCCUCAGUAGUUUCUACACCUAAACCUUUUUUACCUCAACUUAUUUCUGAUACAACUAUGUCAUUUAAUCCGCCGAAAUCUUGGGAUUUUCCAUUAACUGAUACAGAUGAAUCCUGGAAUCAAGUUGUGGCUGACAUAGUCAAACAAUGGAGUCCAUCUGUAGAUGGUGCAGUUGAACCUUGGAACUCCCAUGACACUAGAUCCUGGGUUCAAUCUACUGAUUCUACAGAUGGAUCUUGGACAAAAGCCACUGCUAAUGCAGAAGGACACUUGGAAUCCUUUAGGCCCUAUAUGGAUGAAAUUUGGGAUCAACCCACAACUACUACUCUGUCUAGCACAUCACGAACUUUUCAUUCAUAUGAUAAAGAGGGACCCUGGGCCUCCAUUACUUCAGGUGAAAACACUAAGGCAAAAGCUGAGUCCCAGGAUUCUCUAAUAAUCAAUAAAGGUGAACCUAUAGAUCGAUACCUUAUUGAAAGCACAUGGAUUCCUCCACCAACUGGUACAAUUGAUCCCUGGAGUUCCCCUUCUGAAUAUCAUACAGUGAAGUCCCAGGAUCUAUCUGUAGUUGAUUCUGUAAAUUCUCAGAAUCAUCCUCUAGCUGAUAUGAACAGAUUCCAGCUUCUAUCAAUAGCUGACAUGAGUGGGUCCUCAACUCACCCUAACAUGAGUGCAGAUGUUAUCCCAUACCAAGUUCAAUCUAGUACAAACUCUUCAUUUAGGGACAGGAUACAGCAUGUAGCUAGCAUUGAACCCUUAAAAGAAUCUGAUAUUGAGAUAGCUGAACUUCAAGCUCAAUUUUAUCCUACAGUACCACUAAUGUGAUACAGCCAUAGUGGGAAUUCUUGUCUGGACUGAAGUGCACUCAGACAGUUACCUUUACUUCUGGGGAACCAUUUCUGGGCUUACCCUAUUUAAAAUAUUAUUUGUUCUAAUGGGAAACUAUGUAAAAUUUGUGAAUCUUUCACAAAAUUAAAAUGAUAAUCAACUAAAAAAA